CGACAACCCCAGCACCCAGCAGAAAUCCCGCAUCCAGUGGCGUCUGUCGUCCAUUUGGUCUCACUGGUCCCGGCGAAACAAACAAACAAACAAACCCACACCCAAACACAAACAAACGACGAUGGACGUGGGUCAGAUGCAGAAGAGGCUGCUGGAUUACAUGAACUCCUUGCUCAAAGAGGGGAUUUUGGAUUCUCAGUUUGCGCAGCUUCAGCAGUUGCAAGAUGAGAGCAACCCCGAUUUCGUGGCCGAAGUGGUUAAUCUCUUCUUCACGGAUUCCGAGAAUCUCAUCAACGAUCUCUCCAACGCUCUUGGUCAGCAGAAUGUGGACUUCAAAAAAGUGGACUCCUGUGUUCACCAGUUGAAGGGCAGCAGUGCAAGCAUCGGUGCACAGAGAUUAAAGAAUACCUGCAUCAGCUUCCGCAAAUUCUGUGAUGAACAGAACCUUCAAGCAUGCCUGAUGUGUCUGCAAGAAAUGCAACAGGAGUACUUGCUGCUGAGGAGCAAGCUCGAUGUCCUUCUCCAGGUGGAGAAGCAAAUUGUGGCAGCUGGUGGGUCAAUCCCAAUCAUGGAGUUUUAGAAGAAGCAUUAAUUGUGCAGCAACCAAAAAGGGACCGACUGUUAAGAAAAUCUCUGUUGAGAAUUUUUGUCAACCAUCUAGGGGUUCAAUCUUUAUGUCUAAUGUUUAAUUUCAGUUAUGAUGGUAUCGUGUACCAGGAUUGUGCUUUUCACGGUUUGCAUGCUUGAGAGUUACUAGAUGAUUUACUUGUUCGUGCUUGAGAGUUAUUAGAUGAUUUGAUCUUCCAUAUUUUCUCUACUCGGGAUGGCCCGUUGCUGUA